AAAACUCUAACACUUCGGUAAUUUAACGACGAGAUAAAUACUGAAAAAACCACAAAACACCAGCUUGAAUUUAAAAUAAUUACCAGUUAAUUAUUGUUUUUAUAAUGAAGACAACGGUUGUAUUUUUAAUGAUAACUUUGUCAGGAGUUUCUUGUGAUUUAGAGUUCAAAUAUCAUAACAAUCAAGAGUUGAGGGAAGUUUUACACAAAUUUAAUAAUACCGUCAAAAUGCCGUUAAGGGCUAAUGUUUAUUCGAUAGGAAAGACCCUUGAUGAAAAUGAUUUAUGGGUAGCUGAAAUAACUGCCGUUGAAGAAGGCACUUUGAAAGUACCCAAUGUCAAACUAAUUGGCAAUAUUCAUGGUAACGAGGUUGUUGGAAGAGAAGUCUUGCUACAAUUUCUUUAUUAUUUGAAAAACGAAUACCAAAAAGGUAACACGACCAUAAUGACCCUACUGAACACAACAAGAAUCCAUUUUUUGCCAUCAAUGAAUCCAGAUGGUUUCAAUAGAUCCGAAGAAAACUGUCAUUCUGACGUGGGGCGAGUCAAUGGGAGAGGCCAAGUGGAUCUUAACAGAAGUUUUCCUGAUUUAUUCCAUAAAAAUCCUAUUAAGCAACAACGUGAAACGAAUGCUAUAAUUAAAUGGAUGAAAUCGGUACCUUUUAUACUCUCCGCAUCACUACAUGGUGGUGCGUUGGUUGCGAAUUACCCAUAUGAUACAAUGAGGGAAAAAAGUUCCAAUUACCACAAUGAUCGUUAUUCGUCGCUUUCCCCAGAUAAUGACGUAUUUGUUCACUUAAGUAAAACUUAUGCCAACAGUCACCCGACAAUGUUUUUAGGGAAAUCUUGCGACAGUUAUGAUUUAAAUUUCGAAGGCGGUAUUACUAAUGGAGCUUCAUGGUAUACCUUUGAGGGUGGCAUGCAAGAUUACAAUUAUUUCAAACAUGGUUGCAUGGAGUUAACCCUAGAGAUAUCUUGUUGUAAAUAUCCUGGAGCUGACGAGUUGGAGAAACACUGGAACGACAAUAGAGAAGCCCUUCUAGCGUUUUGUCAACAAGCCCACAGAGGAAUUUUCGGUCAAGUACUAGACUGGGACACUAGAGAACCAAUAAGCAACGCCCAACUGCAAAUUUCGGGCAGAAAUAUGAGUUUCAGGAGCUUUAAUGGCACUGGUGAAUAUUGGAGAUUACUACUUCCAGGCAAUUACUCUGUAGAGGCUCAUGCAGAUGGGUACCAUAUGCAAAAUAUUUCAUUUGAACUAACAAUGGAAAAUGCAAAAUUGGAACUAGAUAUUUUGAUGUUAAAUUUAUCAGUUCCUUUGGCAACUACAACUGAUUCUGCAAGUAAAGAAGUUGAUGCGCAAACAAGAACAAACUCUGAAAGUGAUUCAGCUAAAAUUGAAAGCAUUUCUUGUGAAUAUCCAAUACGGAAUCCACGGAGUAUAGAAUGUGAUGAAUAUUCUGAAGUUGGAGAAAUUUUAAAUAACUCAGCAAGAAGUGCCUUAUUUAGUGUAGUGCUUCUGAUCCUUGUAAUUUUGCUUAUUUUUCUUGACUGAAUUGUUGUCUAUGAUUUUAGAAUUUGCUGAUGCAGAGGGACAAAAUUAAAAACACUCUUCAAUUAAUUAUUUUUACCAAUUUAAUUGUAAUUUCAAAUGCAGUAGGUAUAACAAAAAAAAACUAUUACAUAUGAAUAAAAGUGAUAAAUAUGAUUAAGACAGGUAAAUUAUUUAUUUCUUACUUCCUCAUCAGCCUGUGGCAAAGUUUUAUAAUUAUUCAACCGUUUGACUCUCAAUUUUGACCAAACAAUGUAAUUGGACAAAGCGAUACUUUGAGCUGCCGCCAAUGCAGCGGUUUCAGGAUAAACUACCGUGGAACAACCAAGACCACUUGGCACGUUUAAACUUGACCAUAUAUCCCUGUCUACGUCGUCUUUAGUGACUGGUGGACAGUUAAUAACAGGGAAAUCUGAAUUUCCAGAGAUGACUGGGCCUAAACCGUUAGAUCUUCCUGCUACAGCAAUAAAUACGAUUUUAAUGUUGAGCGAUUCGUAGUGGCUGAUAAUUUUUAAAGUGCCCUCGGUGGUUUUGUGGGCUGAAGAAACGCGGAUUUCUACGUUUAGGCCUAAAUCUUCGCAGUAUUGUCUGAUUUUGUUGCAGUGGACGCUGUCACUUGGACUACCCAUGAUGAUCACUACCAAAUGCUUACCUUGGUGGUAAUAAAUGGUCCAAUUGGUCAGCAACCCAUUCGAAAUUCCUCUUGACAGUAUCCAGGUCCUUAUCGGUUACAUUGGCGAGAUUACGGUAAACUUGUUUGUCGACCAUCAGUCUUUUGUCUCCAGAUGGCCAUAACCGCCAGCUAUCUGAGUCUAUGACAUCGGCAACAACGAUUUCUCCUAUUCAAGAAAAAACGAAAUAUUUUUACACAAACUUGAGAGACAGAGAUAGGUCAUUGAAUUCGCAACAAACAAAGCAUUCAAUGACAUCUCUUUCAAACUUAAUGUUCCUCAAUAUUAUGCACGCAUGAUUAAAAUCAGUUCAGAGAGUGAGAAAUAUGCAAUAAAAUAGAAUAUAAGAAUUGCUUAUGCGGUUGGAUACUAUUUGGAAAACUGCAUAUUGGAAGAUUUUCUCAUUUUUGGUUUUCUUAAAUAACAAAGAAAUUAAAGUCUUCUAAAAUUGGAAGAAAUUUGAAAAUUGCUCUGUUUCGUAAACGCAUGGAAAUAGUCGGGAUUGGGUCUUCGCCAUUGAUAUUUUCCAAAAAAAAAAGCUAGAGGAUGAGCUCACAGGUUUUCAAUACUUCUGCUGGUUUCCGAGUUUCCCAUAUAUAUUUCAUUUCUAGCUUUGAUAGUUAAUUAAAAGAACCUCAAAAUAAAAUAGGUAUUAUAAGUAUAUUGAUUCAUUUUGUUUACCAGAAUCUCAAAUAACCGACCACAAAGUUGAGUUUGACAUAAAUUUAAAUGGCCUUGAAAAUAACCGCAGAUAGGAAGAGAUUAUUUUUUUUUAUAUUGAGGUCAACUAUGUUUUAUAAGUGCAAUUCUUGAAAAACAAAUUUAUAAAUCUAUAGCUGCUGAUUAUUGUAUUAAAAAUAAUAGGCUUAUCAUUGUUUCAACAUCGCAGGGGGUCGAUAUAUUAAUACAUUUUUAUAAACGUCAUACUCAUAGGGGUCAUCUAGAUUAUAAGUGUUACACCGCAUUUUUAAUUUGUUAAAGCUGACGAAAUAUUGUUAUGGCAACUAAAUUGAGAACAAAAAUUGAACUUUCCAAUUUUUUGAAUUUACAGUGAAGUCUGGACAUAGAUAUAAUCAAAAUUGGUUCACUAUAUCCAAGGUUUACUAUAAACGAUAAAAAAUUACAUCAUUGGUCUUAUGGGAUUUUUUUUUGGAAAUUUGGAAAAGCGUUCGUUGUAACCGAGUGUUCACUUUAAACAGGUUUGCUAUAUCCGAACUUCACUGUAUUCUAGUCUGUGAAAUUUACUCACUACAUGCCGUAACUCCAAAUUCUAUUUUCAUGUCAAUCAGAGCACAGUUUCUUGUUUGCCACACUUUUUCCAAUAUUUCAAAUACCAAAAUCGAUAUUCUGGCCAUGUAAUCUACUUCCUUUUCACCUAAAAAAAAACAAUAAUAUAAAAGCGAAACUCUCAAAACAUAACCAACUCUUACCAAUCAAUUUUCCAUUAAAUUUAAACUGAGCACUAAUAAUUUGUUCUUCUGACCAUUGAGGGUCGUGAUUGGCGUCGUCUUUGAAAAAGGUCUCCUGUUUUACAGGCGCAAAUCUGUAGCCCUCUGGAACUCCUGGAUUUCUCUUUAGGAAUGAACCAGUUGCUAGACGUCUGGUAACCCAUUCGAUGGGUACCAUUUCGCAUCUUUUCGAGACAAAAGAUGUUUCCGAGGCGGCUUUAACAAAGGAGGUCGGGACACCAACUGAGUUUAAUAUUUCAAAAACUUUGCUGGCAGUUUUGUUAGAGACAACAGCUUUUCCUUUCAAUUCGUGAGCUUUGACUCCAUCGCCAGCAGUGAUUCUGUCUUUGCUCAGCAAUAGACAUUGAUCAGGAUGUGAUUGGAUUUCGUAGACUUGUUUGGUUUUUCCUUCAAUUAUUAGUUUGCCCAGUUUAUAUUCUCCAACUAGAAUUUUUAAAAAAUAUAAUAAAAAAAUAAUUAUGUGGUACCAAAUUUUAGGAAAAAGCGCAAAUAAAAUAAGUA